AUGUCUUCACCUUUGGACCUCCCACACAAGAAAGCUUCGCCGGAGCCCAUGCUGGAAACGCCCUCUCAAGCACCAUCGCCAAAAUUUACUACAAACACAAGGCUAGUGGCUCGAAGAGCUUGUCUCAGCUGCCGGGAGAAAAAGAUCAAAUGUGACGGCGAAGCCAUGGGCGCCUCGCUGGAGGGUGAAAGUUCGACGUGCACCAAUUGCAAAAUGUUGGGGAUCAAGUGUGUGUUUGUUCAGAGCAUGCGAGGCGGAAGCCGAAGAAAGAGGCUGUAUGUUGAUGUGGCUAAAGGAAGUGUCAAUGGCGGUGUGGUGGAAGGGCAGCCGCUGCUACAUCUUCUGCCUAGGUCACUGAAGGCUUAUACGGAGCCAGGCACACCGUCCACGAUAUCUGACUUUCUGCUACAGUCAGAAAUGAAGCUGCCGGGAAGAAACAAAUAUAAGAGUCGAAGGCAUCAUCACAACGGGCACCAUCAUGGACAUGGCCACGGUCCUUUCCCAUUCCACAGUCAUGGCCCUUUUGGGCCAUUUGGGCCCUUUGGUCCUCCUGCCCACCACCGCCAUAAGAAGCAUGGCCACCACUGGCCACCACAGCCUCCGCCGCCGCCUCCGUUUUAUCAUCAUCAUCAUUCUCAUGGCUCUCCACCACCGCCUCCUCCUCACGGCCCAUGGGGCUCCUCCUUAACGCCGCCACCUUUUGCAUUCAGCUACCCUCCUGGUGCCCCGCCUCCUCCACAUCUGCCUCAUCCGCCGCCUCCUGCUAGCCCUGCUCAAAACUAUGAGGAGCAUGGUAGAAACGGCUUCUACCACCAUUUCCCUGGCCCGCCCCCACCGCCUUUACCGCCUCCUCCACACCUUCCUCCUCCACCGUUUGCAUUUCUGCCUCGUGCUCUGUACGAUUUCCGUCUGUGCUCUGAGGAAACUACGCUGACGUCAACUUCUUCGCCAAUGAGCAAAAAGGGCACUACUGAAUCCGCUGAUCCCGAGCCCUUCACACGUGCUGAGCUCCAGCUGCACGAGCUCCCGCCAUGGUCAGUUCUUAAUGAGAUUUUGAGCUACUACUUCGUCUUCUGUCAUCCUAAUGACCAGCUUUUCAGUAACAAGGCUGCUUUUAUUCAACUGCUUUUUUUACGUCAUGACGCUGCAUUGCUUCACGCUAUCAUCUCCAGAGUGUGUUGUGUGAAGAAAUGGCCGAUAGAGGCGCAUGAACGAGAGUGGGUGAAUCGAACGUACAAAUAUAUGGAUAUGCUUGACGACCACGGGAUGCUUGUGUGCUACGCAAUAUUGCGAAAGACACCUUUCAUACGAGACGAUCCGAUCAGACACAAAGAGGUCGUCAGCAAGUUUCUAGAGGUGAUCAAGAAUAACAACUAUAUUCAGAUCUUGACGAAAGAGGAGCUGAUGAACAAAAGAAAGACCAUUGACAACGGGAUCAAGGUGCGGGCCAUUUGGGGCUUCUGGGCAGAUUCCAACUUGGUUAAUGAGAACAACGAAUAUUCUGACAGACUAAAACAUAUCUUCCCCUUGCCUGUUCCCAACGAGUCUUAUCGCAAGGGCCCUGUUGCCGCCAGGUUUACGUGGAAUGAGAUCGAAAAGGGGAUUUACAAGGACUACACUCUGUACAUUAAAGCAUUGCUGGAUUUGCAAGACGCUCGUGAUGGUCAAGCCGUGCAGAGAGAGUCCAAGCUAUGUUACUAUUUGGAGGACUACUUUGACAUUACUGAGGGCAGAGUCUGCAUCAAUUCCCACAUGGCUCUGGCCAAGUGUAUCUACAGUCAAGCACAGAUCAUAAACAAAUUGCGGUCCAUAAAUCUAGACGACCCGCCUGAACGCCUCACGUCGUCACAUUGGACGUCGUUAGGUGCAAUCACCGAUGAAAUGCAAGAGAUAUGUAACGUUAUAGAGACUGUCAGAGGACGAGGCCAAUGUGAGCACAAGCUAGUCGCCUACGGAGUCACGUCCAUGGAUGGCGGCGACUGGAAAACCUCGUCUGACUUUGUGUCUCUGGGCAGCGAAGCGUGGGCCAAAGCUGGCGAUGCCAUUGUCUUGUCAGUCUUUCAUGCCAUCAGUAUUGUACCCAAGAUUAUUAGUCUCGUUAAAGACGCAAAUACAGAAGAUAUUCAAGUGGAGCUCCGAGAAAAGCUUCAUAGUGACAGAUUACACAAGCAAUUUCGAACACUUGACGAGUUUGCUGGUUUUCGAAGCACGUUGCCUUGUGCCAUGCCCGAAUUGACUAAAAUAGUACAUCAAGCCAAAGAUGCCAUCAACCAGGCACUUGUUUCGCAGGGCGAAAUUUCGCAGCCAUAA